AUGGCUAUACCGAGUUUCUUGAAAUACGCCUUUGUAUGGAUACUGCCUCUGGUGAGCGCUUGCACCUGGCUGGCCAUGCUUCUAGCCAUGUUAAUCAUCUGGGAGCUUGAAGGCCACCCUCAUUACGCCUCAAUGAGCGCCAAUCAACACAUAGCAUACAUCUCCGACAUUGGCGCCCAGGGUUUGAAACCCCUCUUUAUAGCAGGCUGCUGCGUCACCACUGUCUUCCUCGACCUUUCCUUCGCAUCAGAGCGUUGGCUACGACACACAGGACGUUUGGCAAAGAAUUUGGGCGUGGCCGAGAAGGUCCUGUCCGGCUUGUCCAUCAUCUUCGCCAUCGCAGGAACCUGCGGCCUGAUCCUCCUCUCCAUCUUCGACACUCUCCAUCACCCGCAUCUGCACGACGGCUUCCUCCUCUUGUUCAUCGCUGGCUACGUCAUCAGCGCCAUCUUCAUCUGCGCCGAGUACCAACGCCUCGGCGUGCAUUUCCGCCAACAUCGGAUCCUGCGUCUCUCCUUCUGGCUCAAACUCAUAUUCAUUAUCGUGGAGGUCGUUUUUGCAAUCAUCUUCGCGGCCACCACGUUCGACGGUGAACAGAACGUCGCGGCCAUUUUCGAAUGGAUCAUCGCGUUCGUCUUUACCUUCUACGUCCUUACUUUCUUUGUGGAUUUGCUGCCGGCGGCCCGGAGCACCCAGGAGCACUCGAACGCUGAGCUUCUGCGUCGCAAAGAAGCAGAGAAUGGGGGUGCGAUGAUGGAGGAUUCUGGAUACACCAACGGGACGACGACGAAUGGCGUCAAUGGGAAUGCAUAUGCGGUUGGAGCGGCAGGGCAUGAUGGUGCUGGGACGGGGCAUUAUAGACCACCUGCUGCGCAGAACUUUUGA